AUGCUGCUAGACGUGGCCAGCAUGCUGGCCGCUUCGAUUGGCUUCUGCAUAUCAUCAUCGCGGGAGCUGGAAGCCCUUGUCCAGUCCAAGGCGCCAUCUAGCGAAAUUGCCCUCAAGCUCCGCAAACUGGCAGAGUGUGAUGCACAAAGACUGCAGGCGUUCACCGACGCGGCGAGAGCCCCGACAGGACCUUGGUGGUUAUUGGCCAACCUUGGCGUAAGUGCAGCGCUUCUGCUUCUGAGCCCCCUGCGAUUUGGCAACGAGCCCAUGUUGUUUCUGGUAUUGUUGAACGCGCUGACUGUCAUUUGCAAGACGCACGGGAGCACUUUCCGCAACCUCUCUUGGACAAGUGUUGGGGUGUACCUGACGACCCAGAUCCAAUUGGCCUUGGCUGCAUGUUGCUGUUGCUUGCCACUGCUUCUAAUGAACAUUCCUUUCUGGCUGCUCACCGGAGUUCUGGUAAACGUGGUCAAUGCGUCCUCAUUCCUUCCGUUUUUUCCAGCGGCGGUCCAGCCCUUGCCAGUUGCUGCCUUGGAUGUGUUGAGCACUGCGGCGGCAUUUUCAUGGUUUCUUUGGAAAUCUGCCCUGCUGACGGAGGUCUUGGUCAACCAUGCCUACUACAGAAAAGUUCUCGCAAAGCGGCGUGCCGCGGAAGCCCCAAGUUUUGCAUUCCACGUGGUGGACAGCUUCUACGGGUUCUCCUAUUCCAUAGUGGGCUUCUGGUUGGGAAACGCUGCGCUGCGCCGCUGUGCUCAGGCGGCCUACUUGGUCAGCCCUCCAUGCUGGUCACCGCUGGGCAUCAUCCUGCUGCUUGGCCUGCGUUCCUGCACGGCGUCCUUCGGGAACGGAGUGAAGGCCAUCCUGUAUUUCUCGAUUCAUCGGCUGCUCCACGUGCAGCCCUUCUACAGCUGCUGGCACAAGGAGCAUCACUUCGGUGCCUCUCAGACUUGCCUGGUGGCUUGCCAGGACAGUGGGCUGUUGGAGUCUCCAGUCGAGGCCACAUGGAGCCAGCUGGCGUUUGUGUUUGCGCCGUUCUGGGAUCACUGCUUCUACUUCUGGAUGGCCCUGUUCAACACACUGAACCACCACUACUACGAAGACUACCGACAUCUCCACUGGAGGCUCGCAGGCAUGAUGCUGCAACUGCAAAGCCAUCUGCGUCGGCCGCUUGCGCACCUGGAGUGGGGACGGCUCUUGGUGCGAAGCGCUCCGCUUUGUUGGGCAGGUGAUAUCCUUCCUGAUAUGCCCGGCUUCGGUUUCCCUUUGGCCGCAAAUUUGCAGUACCCUUCAAAGGACUACGUCUCUGCGCAGCUGUCAAAUGGUUCCAUCGAUCGGCACUGGCACGGGCUUCAUCACUGGUCCACAGAAAAACACUUUGGCUAUGGAACAUAUGACAGCAUCUCCAAGCUCGGUUCAGGAGGUGAUCCAGACAGAAGAGAGGCACAGCUCGGAGGUUUCUUGGACGAGUACUUGAAGCUUCGGGCAGGGACAGUGAAGACUGUGUCCAUGCUGCAAGACUAG